UUUUGCUCUACUUCUAGGCAGGCCUUCUCUUGUCAGAAUGGAUGGGAGACCAGUGUCACUCUGCAAAUGACCAGGAUGAACCAGCCCUCCUUUCUCCUUGGGAAGGCAGAUAAGAACUUACAAGGUUUGUUGUGGUUGGUGUCAAAAACAUUCCCAGCUCAGGUCACCAACCCUUGCCUUCCACCUCUGCCCCCCUGGAGAGGACACUAUCGCUGAAUUCAGGAAACCAUGCAUCAUGCCAGCAGGAGCCAACUGCAGACUUUAAACUCGGUUCAACAUGCGGAUGCGGCAGAGAAAUGACCUGUCCAGACAAGCCAGGGCCACUCAUAAACUGGCUCUUCUGCUCCCUGUGCGGCCCGAGGCUGCGGAAACUCUGGAGCAGCCGGCGACCCAGGACCCGCCGGAACCUCCUGCUGGGCACUGCCUGUGCCAUCUACCUGGGUUUCCUGGUGAGCCAGGUGGGCCGAGCCUCCAUCCAGCAGGGGCAGGCCGCUGAAAGGCAGCGGCCUCACAGCCUUGACAAGGCCCAGGCCUCCUUCGCUGAGAUCCCCCUGGAUGGGACUCUGGCCCCACCGGAGUCACAGGACAAUGGGACCACCCUGCAACCCAACGUGGUGUACAUUACCCUACGCUCCAAGCGCAGCAAGCCGGCCAAUAUCCGUGGCACGGUGAAACCUAAGCGCAGGAAGAAGUAUGCGGUGGCCUCUGUGGUCCUCGCACCGGAGAAAUGGGGUGGACCGUCCCUUCGGCCGCAAGAAGCUGCAAGGGCAGCCUAUGCUGAAAUGCCUGGGUAUUCUUGGGAAGGUCACCUAGCCAAGGUCAGAGAGCGACCCUGGAGUUUGGUGCGAGGUCCUGGAGUCCGAUCUGUAGGCGCAAAUUUGCACCUACCCGAGACCAGGGAGAGUAACAUCAGGAUCUACAGCGAGAGUGCCCCCUCGUGGCUGAGCAAAGAUGACAUCCUCAGGAUGCGCUUGCUGGCGGACGGCGUGGUGGCGGGCCUCCAGCCAGUGUCCUCCAAGAGCGGAGCCCACCUGCUGGUGCUGAAAGGGAGCACCCCAGACUCAGUACGCCAUUGCGGGCCUAGCCCCUGCGCGCUACUCAAGCAGCCCUUGGACAUGAGUGAGGUGUUUGCCUUCCACCUGGACAGAAUCCUGGGGCUCAACAGGACCCUGCCGUCUGUGAGCAGGCAAUCAGAGUUCAUCCAAGAUGGCCACCCAUGUCCUGCUAUUCUCUGGGACCCAUCUUUAGCUCCAGUAAGCAAUGACACCCAUUCUUCAGUUAAGCUCACCUGGGGAAUUUAUCAACGAUUGCUGAAACAGAAUUGCUGGCUGAAUGGCAAGGUCCCCAAACCUGAGUGGGACUGUACUGAAAUCCAUCACUACGAGUGGUCCAAGAUGGCUCUCUUUGACUUUUUGUUACAGAUGUAUGAUCGCUUAGAUACAAAUUGCUGUGGAUUCAGACCACGCAAGGAAGAUACCUGUGUGCGGAAUGGAUUGAGACCAAACUGUGGUGACCCCAGUUCUGUGACUCUAGCCCACAUUGUCCAACGAACACAUGACCCAAGGCAUUUGGUCUUUAUAGACAAUAAGGGUUUCUUUGACCGAAGUGAAGAUAACUUAAACUUCAAAUUGUUGGAAGGCAUCAAAGAGUUUCCUGAAUCUGCAGUUUCUGUUUUGAAGAGCCAGCACUUACGGCAGAAACUCCUACAGUCUCUGUUUCUUGAUAAGGUUUACUGGGAAAGUCAAGGAGGUAGACAAGGAAUUGAAAAGCUCAUCGAUGUGAUAGAACAGAGAGCUCAAAUUCUUCUCACCUACAUCAAUGCACAUGGGGUCAAAGUAGUACCUAUGAACGAAUGACAAAGAUCUUUUGGCUAGAUUGGUUUUGUUUAAAAUGAAGUAAACAAACCUAAAUCAUUCUGGGAGUGAAGCAGUAUAGAUAAAUACAUAAAAUGAACAAAUAGCGAGACCUGCAUGCUAUAUGCACCAUGAAAAAGGGUUCUAGAAGCCGGGCUCCAUUGGCUCACACCUG